AUGGCCAACAAUGGAUAUGAUAGCUCUUCUAGUGAUGAGACAGGUGCCAACAUAAUAUUUUUGGAAAUGUUCGAAAACUACCAAAGGAAAAAAGCAGCGAAGAAGGAGAAGACCUCGAUGGUUGUCCAUGGGGGUACAUCAUCACAACGACGUACUAUACCAAGAGAUCGAGUAAGUGCCCAUGAAAACCUUUUUGAAAAUUACUUCUCUAACCAUCCGUUGUAUCCCCUUUCAGAUUUUCGUAAUAGAUUUCGCAUGAGGCGUGAGUUGUUUAAUCGAAUAAUGGAACAAAUUGUCCCUUUCGACGAUUACUUCAAACAAAAGCCUGAUACCACUGGAAAGCUUGGUUUCUCACCACAAGUGAAGAUCACAGCUGCCAUGCGUAUGCUUGCAUAUAGUACGACAGCUAACCUUAAUGAUGAUUACUUGAAGAUAGUAGAGACCACAUCCUUUGAAGCUUGCAAGAGAUUUUAUCAUGCAGUCAACAACUUAUACGGAGCUGAAUAUCUUCAUAAAUCAACGGACGUUCUGCGGGUUCGAUAUUAUCUGAAUGGGAAACAAUACAAGCAAGAUUACUAUCUUGCAGAUGGAAUAUAUCCAAAGUGGAACACAAUUGUCCAGUCAUUUUCGGAUCCUCAAGGACGACAACAUCAAUUAUUCUCUAUGAUGCAAGAGGCGUAUCGUAAGGAUGUGGAGAGAGCUUUUGGAAUUCUUCAAGCUCGUUUUGCAGUUGUCGCGAUGUCUGCCUACCAAUGGUACCGAGAAGACAUUUGGGAGGUACUGAAGACUUGCAUAAUUCUUCACAAUAUGAUUAUUGAAGAUGAGGGUGACCAAGACGACAUAACUCCUGCUGAGGACACACCAUAUCAUGUGGAGGAGGCUCUGGUACCGCAUGAACAUGGAUCACACAAUAUACAGUUAGAAUCUAUUAAUCGAAGCAUAAUAAAUUAUCCAACUAUCCACUACAACCUUCGAUUUGAUAUCAUUCAACACUUGUUGGAGCAAUAUGGAACAUAA